UUUGUGUGUUCAGGUUGGGCCUACAUAAUCACAAUUUAUUUGCCAAAAUUGGGAUUUAUUGAGUUCAUGGUGAUUCAAAGACAAUCCUCAGAUUAUCCCCAUGUUCCAGGAUAUCUCAGAAAUGCUCAAGCCUUUCUGUGUGCUGUAUGCUGACAAUGGAACGAGGGAAAGGGGGACAGGGAGGGAGAAUUUGGUGGUGUGUGACCAAUGGGCUUGCCUGAUGUAUUUUUAAUGCACAUGAAUGAUUGAUCACUGUACGUGGACAUGCUCCCCAAGGGGCGGCUGCAGUCUGGUGCUGUCGGUGCAGAUAUGAGUGUGACGAGGGGACCUUCUGGACUGAGCAUGAACACUGUGGAGUUAAAGCAUCAGUGGGCAAUGCAGAGAAAUCGCACUCUGGUCCGGACAUACCUGCUCUCCAGUUCUGUGCUCCCACUUCCUGGCUCACGGAGCAGAGAUGAUUUCAGACUUCCAUCGUUAUUGUCCAGAUCAACACAUGGUCGGACCACCGCGGUUCCUCUCAGUGUCAGUGAGCCUUGCUUGUUCACCCCAGGCCAGAGAGCAGUUUUCGAGGGGUUUUCAAAAAACCACCAUCCCCUUCUACACAAACCUGGCCCAUCUCCCUCCUGCAAGACCCUUGAGAAACCAAAGAUGCCUCAGCAGAGCUAUCAUCAAGCGUACAUGCAUUUCUCUCAGCCUCUGAAGCCUGUACCAAAGGUUGGACAGGCCUUUACUCACAGUCAGCGGCAGGCCACAGAGAACAGAGGCCUGCAGCCGUUAGUGAGGCAGCGCAGGCAGCCCGUAAACCUAGAGACUUUAUCUGUCAGAGGAAAGACUUGCCUUCCCACACAGCAUUUACCCACAUCUUCAUCUAGUGCAUCUCGCACACAGCUGCACGUGUUCUUGCCUGCAGAGGGUGCUGGACAGGAGGAAGACAGGGACAGUGAGUCUGUUGAUGAGGGUUUCAUGGAUGAGCUGGAUAACAAAGUCACCAACCUGAGAUUUCAACAAGAUCCAAAGACCCCCAAACAGAUAGAAAAAUCACUGAUGGGUCAAAUGGUAAAAUUAACUUCCUAGUGUCAUGCUUUUAAUUGUAGCAUUUCAUAUUUUGAUGUGUGUUGUAUGCUAACACUGAUAACUACA